GGGCCUGGGGCUGCCCCGUCCCCUGGCGCCAUGGCCGCUGAGGUGGUGGUUGUGGGAUCCUGUAUGACCGACCUGGUCAGCCUUACUACGCGAUUGCCAAGAGCUGGAGAAACUAUCCUUGGACAUAAGUUUUUCAUUGGUUUUGGUGGGAAAGGAGCCAACCAGUGCGUCCAAUCUGCUCGACUUGGGGCCAAGACCUCACUGAUCUGCAAGGUUGGGAAGGAUUCCUUUGGCAAUGAUUAUGUUGAAAAUUUGAAGAAGAAUGGUAUUUCUACAGCAUUUGUAGGUCAGACUACAGAUGCUGCUACUGGAACUGCUUCAAUAAUUGUCAACAGUGAAGGACAGAAUGUUAUUGUCAUAGUCCCAGGAGCCAACCUGCUUUUAAAUUUUGAAGACCUGAAGAGGGCUUCUGAUGUCAUCCGUAAAGCCAAAGUGGUUGUUUGCCAGCUAGAAAUAACCCCUGCUGUUUCUCUUGAAGCCCUGAAAAUGGCACGUGCCAGUGGAGCAAAGACUUUAUUUAAUCCAGCUCCAGCCCUUGCUGACCUAGAUCCACAAUUUUAUACUCAUUCUGAUAUCUUCUGCUGCAAUGAAACUGAGGCAGAAAUUUUAACGGGCAUCCCAGUUGGCAACCUUGAAGAUGCUGAAAAGGUGGGACGCAUGCUGUUAGAAAGAGGGUGUAAGCUCGUAAUUGUUACUCUUGGAGCAGAAGGCUGCAUGAUGAUAUCAGUAGAAGAACCCAUUCCAAAGCACGUUCCUGCUGGGAAGGUCAGGGCUGUGGACACUACGGGAGCUGGAGACAGUUUUGUGGGAGCACUGGCCUUCUACCUGGCUUACUAUCCCAAGUUACCCAUGGAGGAAAUGAUCAGGAAGUCUAACUGCGUCGCGUCAGUGAGCGUUCAGGCAUCAGGGACACAAUCUUCAUAUCCUUACCAGAAGGACUUGCCUCAGGACCUUUUCUAAUUGACAUUGUCUAGCUCAACGUACUGAUUUUAUCUUAUCCCAGACAGCAUUAUUCUCCUGACUGCGCUGAGAUUCUCCUCUGCUGACCGGAGAGACCAGGAAGGUCUCUUUGCUUCUUAUUUGAGGAAUUCUGUUAGUUCUUGUUCUA